UGGAAUGAUGAUGGUGAGGGAGGAAGUGUUUGAGGGGAAAAAUGGGGUGUUAUCAGGACAAAAAAAGAUGAUAUAAAGCAACCCUUUGGUUGGUAUAGCUAUUAAUGAAUGGUACACAGCACAGUGUACUAUCAAUGGUAGCAAGUUUUUAUUUUUAGCCUUUAAAAGUGGUGUUAUUCGGUUGCAGAACUUAACUCACAGUCCAGUUUUUUCUCUCAAAUAAAGCAAGAUAGUGAAAGGGUGGGAGAGGGACUCAAUGCCCCCUUUGAACCAAGCUCACGGGAUUGUUGUCAGUGGGUAUCUUUCAUAUGUACUACACGUUGCUCCAGAAAGUUAGAGAGAGAAAGCAGCAAAGUAAUGAUAAUAAUAUUGCAGUUUAUUUUUGUAGGAUAAUACUAUCAAUAUAGAACAUAGAAAGAGAGAGAGAGAUAGUUGUUGGAGUGAAGGGAAUUCGGCGGUCUUUCUCUUUUUUGAAUUCAAGAUCAGAUAAGAAGGUGUUGUCUUGGGUUUUGGAGGCUUUUUCCUAUGAUUAUUGUCACUUUUUUCAUAGGAUUUCACCAUUGUGCUUUGUCUGUAAUUCUUGUCUCUUUACCCAAGGUUCUUCACGAGGUCCUGUCAGAGGUUUAUUUUCAUAAAACGUUCCAUCUUUAUCCGUUCUUCCACUCACUCACUCUAAUUUUAAGAUCGUGACUCAACAAAAGUUGUCAAGUUAUUAUUAUGGGAAAAGCUAGCAGGUGGUUCAAGGGUUUGUUGGGGAUGAAGAAGGAGAAGGAUCACAGCGACAAUUCAGGCUCGCUGGCUCCUGACAAGAAGGAGAAGAAAAGGUGGAGUUUUGCCAAGCAAGGGAAGGAUGUGCCAUCUUCGGUUCCUGCCACUGAUAACACCUGGCUCAGAUCCUACAUUGCUGAUACAGAGAAUGAGCAGAAUAAACAUGCAAUUGCCGUUGCCGCUGCCACUGCCGCCGCCGCCGAUGCUGCCGUGGCUGCCGCUCAGGCUGCCGUGGCGGUUGUGAGGCUGACAAGUCAGGGUAGAGGUGCAUUGUUCAGUGGAAGCAGGGAGAAGUGGGCUGCCGUGAAGAUCCAAACUUUUUUUAGAGGCUACUUGGCACGGAAGGCUCUUAGAGCACUGAAAGGAUUGGUUAAGAUACAGGCUCUUGUUAGAGGGUACUUGGUUAGAAAGAGGGCUGCUGCAACUCUUCACAGUAUGCAAGCUCUAAUAAGAGCUCAAACUGCUGUCAGAUCACAGCGAGCUCGUCGUUCCUUGAGCAAAGAAAGCAGAUUUCUACCUGAAGUUCUUGCAAGAAAAUCUGUGGAACGAUUUGAUGAAACAAGGAGUGAAUCACACAGUAAAAGGCUACCUACAUCCUACGAAACAUCCUUGAAUGGUUUUGAUGAGAGCCCGAAGAUUGUUGAAAUUGACACAUACAAGACUCGAUCAAGGUCUAGGCGCUUUACCUCUACAAUGUCUGAGUGUGGAGAAGACAUGUCCUGUCAGGCAAUGUCAUCCCCUCUACCUUGUCAUGUCCCUGGUCGAAUCUCGGUUCCUGAUUGCAGACACCUUCAAGAUUUUGAUUGGUACUUCAACGUUGAUGAGUGUAGAUUCCCCACUGCUCAUAGCACACCACGUUUCACAAACUAUGCUCGUCCCAAUGCUCCAGCCACACCAGCCAAGAGUGUUUGUGGAGACACCUUCUUCAGACCUUGUUCAAAUUUCCCCAACUACAUGGCCAAUACUCAGUCAUUCAAGGCAAAACUAAGGUCUCACAGUGCUCCAAAACAAAGACCAGAACCCAAGAAAAGGCUCUCACUCAAUGAAGUGAUGGCAGCAAGAAACAGCAUAAGUAGUGUUAGAAUGCAAAGGCCAUCAUCCAAUUUCUUCCAGACUCAAGACUCCUGGAAUUUUUGACAGUCACAGCUGGACAAUCACAAGGAAAAUUUGAGAGGCAAUUGGACACUAAAUGAUGUUACUAAUAUCUAGAAUUUGUGCUUACAGCUUAUAAAUUCAGAGACCAAAUUCUCAAUUCUGCUUGUGUACAUUCUUUUAAUUAAAGAGUUUCUUUUUUCAA